UUACUUUAACAUGAGGACAAGGAGCUUGCAUUAGAUAUAGAUUUUGUCGGCUAACAAACAUUUUUGAUUUGAUUUGACCUGUUUUAUAUCUAGCAUUGGAGAGAAAUGCACAUGCAUAUUUUCACACCAGAUUCAUAGAUAAUCUACCUGCUGUGUACAAUAUAUACCAGUACCAAAACUAAUGUGAGGAUAUUAAAUUUCUGACAUCAGCUGCACUGGAGCUCUCAAACGUCCUGACGUCAUGUUUCGUAUUCGAAUAUAAUUAUGGACUCCCAGAACGCUGUUUGUGAAGAGAGAGAGGAGAACGACAGGAAAACCCCCGAUGGUUCUACUGAAGCAUCUGAUGCCCCUACACCUGGGAAAUCCGAUGGCGAUGGCAAACUGGAGGUUUUAAAGGAAUCGCACGUUCUGGGGAAUGGAGACCACAGAGAGGUGUCCGAAAGUGAUGUUCAUAUUAAAAAAUAUCAACCAGAGAGAAAAGGAUCUAAAGAAAGCGAAUCUCUCAUCCAGAGUAUGUUACUAUCAUCAGAUGAUACGUGCGACGAUGAGAAUCAAAGAAUAUCCAGUGUGUUAAAAUGGUCAGAUUCGUUACGAAAAGAGUUCGAAGCAUUACAGACGAUAGAUCCUGCUACAGAUGCACGGCUGUCUGACACCGGCGAAAUCACAUUGACAAACGACCCCAAAAACCAUCAUGUCACAUCAAAACUCUUACGUAGUUUGAUCUCCAAAAUUCCGACAGAAUGUGAAAGUCUCCCUAUAAAGCGCCAGUUGACGAAAGAAAGUUUGGAUGGACAUAUAGAAGAUCAACAGAGUUUAAAUUCUUGUUUAAUUCGCUACCACAGGCAUGUGAAGCAAGAGCCGGCUUAUGAUUUUUGUUGGAUUCACAGACAUUUGAUAAUAAUAUUGGCUCGUGGGGAUGAGACAUGUACUAGUUGUGAUUCACGUUUGGAAUGGGUGAAUGCCGUGGCUGAAGAGGAGACAACAACCACAACUUGGUAUCACACCAAUACCUACGAUCCAAGUAGUGAAGAAAUCCUUCGUGUUGAGGCCAAUGAUAGAGAAAUUCCUGAAAUUCCACGAAAUGUGUAUAAGAAAAUGGAACUACGAAAGAUCAGAAGUGUGUGCGUCCCACUGCUGGGUUCGGAGACGAGUCUUAUCAAACGUUUCAUUGAAUACUUUUCGAGGAAAGCAAGGAAAGGAAGGAUCGUUGACAGGUUGUUUCUGGAGCUGAAUAUUUCUACGGAACCCAUAACUGAUGACGAAUUAUUCAUCAAUGCCAAGAAUACCAUAGAGAAAUCAAUAGAUAAGAAAAUGUUUCUGCCUGUGAGACUUUCCGGGUUCCACAUCUCCGAGUUUUGUCACGAUGGUAUGUCACCUAUCGCAGUAGACCUUGAAACAGAGGACAUUGAAGCAGUUGCCAACAAGGUUGACGUUUUCGUUAAUUCAAGUAGUCGCCAUCUUGAGAUGAACAAAGGACUUUUAUCAAAUAAAAUUCUUAAACUCGGAGGACAAACAAUCCAAGCGGAAUGCAAUGAAAAGAAGAAGAAAGGGAAGUUUUCAUAUGGAGACAUCUGUAAAACAUCGUCAGGGAAGCUGUCGUUCAGAAAGAUAUACCACGUGGCAUUGUAUGAAGAGUGGAUCCCCACGUGCAAACUUUCCUUGCAGAUUUUAGCUUCAUUGAUGGUGCAUUGCCUGAAGGAGAUGGAGGGGGAGGAUUAUACAAGCAUUGUUUUCCCUGUCUUAGGAACCGGGAAGUUGGGUUACCCUUACAUUCAAGUCAUAAAGACAAUGUUCAAUGUGGUGAGGGCAUAUGGCAAAGAGAAGCCCGAUACCAAGAUAGAGAGGGUCUACUUCAUCGUGUACGACAAGGAUGUAUACUGCCGAACCGCAUUUGACCAUGUUGUGGAGAUUCAGAAACGUUACUGGAAACUAACUGCAGAUGACUUCAUGGGAAAGCCCUACAAAGAAUCGCGGGGAUUCAGGAAAAAUCUGAUUGUACAGAUUUGGCCAGAGAAAGCUUUACUUGGAACACAAAGUGUACGAUCUGUUGAGGCAUCUUUCAUAUUUCUUCCUGGCAUGGGGGACGAUACCAAGGACAGAAAUCCGGAUGAUUAUUACGGAUACAUCAUCACUAUGCUAAACACGGACAGUGAAGGAGGCUGGAUUGAAAAGAAGUCAAUGGUGGAAGAAAAAGUGCAGAGCCACAGAUUUACGUCAGUACUGGUAGAUAUCAAAGGUCUACCUGUCCAAGACUCUGAAAAGUACCAGACGGUUGUUGACAUGUUCAAGGAUCUACAUUGUGUGCAGUCGCUGCAGAUUGUGGUUUCUGAUGAAGUCUUCCACAAAGUUAAUCCAGGCUAUGCCUUUAAAAAAAUGGAGCAUCACAUAUCAACUAUAGAUUUUUGCGUAUGGGGCGAAAAUGGCAAAGAAGUUGUGGAAGAAUUCAAAAAGUUCAUGCAGGAAUGAGGCGUCCGACAUUGUUGAUGAAAUAUUGCACAUGUGACAAUGAAACUUGCAUAAAAAUCAUUUCAUAUAAAGAAAGUUGGGAUAUAAUGAUAUAUAUCAAUGGGUCAAAUGCUGUCUGACGUGUUUCAUACCGAUUGUUAGACCGUUCUUGGCACAUUGAUUUUGACUGCGGAUAGCUCCGUUUACCUGAUCAGGAUAUCUUAUCUUAUCUUAUCUAUAGGGCUCACGGCGGGUGUGACUGGUCGACUGGGGAUGCUUACUCCUCUUGGGCACCUGAUCCCACCUCUGGUGUGUCCAGGGGUCCGUGUUUGCCCAACUAUCUAUUUUGUAUUGUUUAUAGGAGUUAUGAGAUUCAUCACUCUUUGUUAUCUUCACCUUUCAUAUAUAUACGUUUAUUUGAAAUUUUGUGAAUAAAAAUAGCAAUCCCUUCACAUAUACCCACAUGAGGUCAUGAAAACAACUGUUUUGUGUAGAAUGUCUGUAUAUAAGACAAAGGCUAGUGUAUAUAUAUAUAUAUAUAUAUAUAUAUAUAUAACAUAAGGGCUUUCCAACGUUUUACAUAUUAUGUUACGUCAUAGUUUUUAAAUUCACUAUUAAUAAUGUUAAAGAGACACUCCAGCUCAUUUUCCACAUUUUAAUAAAGUGUUUUUUAAACCAUGUAUUGAUAAAAUGAUAAAUUUCAUAUCGAUACUGACAAUUUUGAACCAUUGGGAUGCAUCAAUUUACUCUCAACUGCGCUUUGAAGAUCGUUCGGAAUUCAAAGGUUUCUUCAUGCUGACUCGGACUUUUGAAUGCUUAUUUACAUCACGUGGUUUUGAAUGACAGUAAAGGUGUUCUGUACGAAAUUAUUUAAAUUCCCCUUCAAGGGGGUCCACACUCACCUUUCAAGUAUAAGAUUAUUCCCUGCUCCUUAUAAUAAGUAAUUAUAAAUCAUUAUUUCAACAGAAACCUUCCAUGUUCCCAUUGACCCAUGUUUUUACAACUAACACGUGUCGUGUUCAGAUAAAAAUAGCACUUACGCCACUUACUUUUAAACGUGGUGUCUUCGCAGCUAGUCUCAAUGGCAGAUUUAGGGGGCCAGGAUCCCCCUCCCUUUUUACCCCACAGAUUGUGAAUGAUAAUCCAAAUUUUGCACCAGAAUGGCCGAUUACUUUGGCUAAUCUUUGACUUUCACACCCCUCUUCGGAAAUCUUAGAUCUGCCACUGAGUUACAUGUGUUUCUCCGAGCUCUUUGUUUUCCAACGGUCAUACUGAUCCCAAGGUAAAUUUUAGUUCACGUAUGAGUUUUAUCUCAUUCUAUUUUUACCUCUUUUCUCACAGAAUCUGUCAAAAUUCUAGAUCUAUCAACUACACUUUCUCUCACUGGACGACAUGUUGCACUGUUUACUGUCUAUGCGCAUGAGUCUGAAGACUGAAAGGAGGAGACUCGAUAGUUUGUGUACAGGCCAUCAAAAAGUAUUAAUUUUUACGUUAAAACGAUAAUUUUUAACUUUAGAUAAGUGUUAUUUUCGCAAAGUUCAUACUUUCAACAAUGCAACAAAAAUUGAGAAAGCGCUGGGAAAAUUGUCAUUUCAUGAUUUUUGCGCAAAAUAAGCUGUAGUGUCUCUUUAAAUGUCUGAAGUGAUUUUUUUUUUUAUCUUUUACAUAACAAACGUCUAACAAAAUUCAUUGUGAUGUCGAUAUAUAGUGAAACAUUACAUUUACAAAGUUAUUGUUACGUAGUAAUAUGGACGCCGGAAAAUUAUCACAUAUUCAUUGUGUUACCAACUGUCUACGGAAAUAUGUAAGGUUGUUGGAGUCCAUCGAAGGCAAAGGCUGUUUUUGUCAAAUAUUAAAACUUUUAGUGUGUAAUAUACAAAUAAAAACCAAACCACAAAUACAAUCAA